AUGUCCUCCGCCGACGCCUCAGACCAGCCCCCCCUCCCCACAAACGCCGAAGACCGCAAAGCCGCCUCGGCCCUCGCCUCGCUCGACACGCCCUCCGACGCCGCAGCCACGCCCUCCAACGACAACGUCAACUCCGAGGCCGUCUCCCAGGCCAUGCUCAAGCUCGGCGAAGACAAAGCCAAGAAACCCGCUGCCACUACAACCGCUGCUGCGCCUACGGCCGUUAAGAAGAACGUCAAGGUCGACGCUGCGGACGUGGCCCUCGUGGUGGACGAGCUGGAGGUGACAAAGGCCAAGGCGACGGAGCUGCUGAAGGCGCACGAUGGGGAUGCUGUUGCUACGCUGAGGGCUGCGGCGAGGGGCUGA